CUGUGCUCACAGUUUUUCUGAUCUGUGAGUUAUGGCGACGAUGACACUUUGAGAAUACAGCAUCGCCACAGCUCAAAUUGUAGAGCACGGGAUGGUGACUGUUCCUCGGGAGCUCCUGUUGCUCCUGGGGACAAUUCACCUUCUGCUGAUACCCUGCAAAGGCUCCUCUUCCCACUCUGUGAAGUAUUUCUACACUGCACUGUCAGAGCCUGGCCAGGGACUGCCCCAGCUCAGCAUUCUGGGGUUUGUGGAUGACCAGCUCUUUGUUCAGUAUGACAGCAACACCAGGAAGUAUCUGCCUCAAGCUGCCUGGAUGAACAAAGUAGAGGAGGAAGAUCCCUGGUACUUUGAUGCACAGACUGAUCUCUCACAGAGGUAUGAGGUGGUGUUCAGAGCAGACCUGGUGAUCCUGCAGAAUCGCUACAAUCAGAGUGGAGGUUUUCACACUUUGCAGCAGAUGUACGGCUGUGAGCUAUGCGAAGAUGGGUACAAAAGAGGAUUUCGGCAGCUCAGCUAUGAUGGGAGGGACUUCCUCAGCUUCGACAAGGAGACCCGCACCUGGAUGGCAAAUGACGUUCCAGCCCAAGAGAGCAAGAGGAGGUUGGACAAGGACUCGGAUGCUAACCAUUACCUGAAGUCCUACCUGGAGGAGGAAUGCAUUGAGUGGCUCCAGAAAUACCUGGACUACGGGAAGGAGACGCUGCUGAGGAAAGAGCCCCCAGCAGUGAAGGUGACACGCAAGGCAGGCAGUGACGGCAUGGAGACCCACAUCUGCCGGGCCCACGGCUUCUACCCCAAGGAGAUUGAGAUCGACUGGACGAAGGACGGGGAAGUCUGGACUGAGGACACGCUCCGUGAGAGUGUCAGCCCCAACUCGGAUGGGACCUACCACACCUGGCUCAGCGUUGAGAUGGACCCCAAGGACAGGGGCCGCUACCAGUGCCGCAUAAGGCACGACAGCCUGGAGGAGCCUGGAUACUUCGUCUGGGAGGACUCUGCCCCUCUGCCUGUGGGAGUCAUUGUGGGAGCCAUCUUGGCAGUGGCAGCUGCUGUUCUGUUGGUGACUGGCAUCGUCCUCUACAUCAGGAAACGGCAACAGAGAGACUAUAAAGCAGCAUUAACAAGCGACAAGGGAUCCGACAACUCUGCCACAGCUUGAUCUCCUGCUGGUGUGUGAGGAGGAAGCAGAGGGAACCCACUGAAGGCUUGCUCUGAAUUACUCCUGCCAAGAGCUCCUGCCAGUCCUGGACCCCCCACCCAAUUCUGCAUCUGGCCGAGCUCCAGCAUCUCGUCUCCAGCUAGCAGAGUGAUUUUGAAUUGCAGGAAUGUAUUUGCGGGGAUGUCUUUCUGAGGAGUUUGGAAAUGUAUUUGUAUUGAUUGGAAUUAUGCCAACUAUUUGCAACUUAAAAGCUGUAUUGGGUAUUAAAAAGUGAUUCUCACGAUCAGCGAGAAGAA